GGCAGACGCUGCUGAAUUUAUCUCGGAACACAGAAUCUGUGUCUCUGAUGUUCGUUCGAAAAUUUCCUCACUGGUAUAUCUCUCUUUCAUUCUCUCUCUAUAUUCUCACUCAAUUCAUCAUUAUGUAUUGUAGUACAUGAAAUGAUUUAUGUAUUGUUGUACAAGAAAUGUCUUUAGUUUCAUCAUCAUAGUUAAAGCGCACACAAAGUAUUUGUAAAAUUGCCAAAGAGAACAAUUCAGUUAUGUUGAUUUAUGUAUUGUAACUUUAGCAUCAUUGCAUUACCUUACAAAAUCCUUAAACAAUGGCCACACUACUGAAUUCAGUUAAACCAACUUCAAAUUUACAUGCAAAGUCAUCAAGAAAUGAUUGCAGUUUCAUCUAUACCCAUGUUCCAUAUCUUCACAAUCACACUUUCCCUUUCAAGAAAAUUUGUUUUUCUAGAGUUUUGGCUUCAACCCAUAUCACAAUUCCCUCAAAAGAUUCAGUUUUUAACCUGCCCAAUUGGAAAGCUGGGAGCAAUGACCAAAAGAGCAGAGGAAAUAAACUCAAUGAUGCAUUUCUUCAUUUAGAACACAUGGCUGGUAAGGGUUAUAAGCCUGAGGUGACUCAAGCAACUCAGCUUUUGUAUGAUCUUUGUAAGUCUGGUCAAUCUUUAAAAGCUAUUAAGGUUAUGGAGAUUAUGGUAAGUUCAGGUACUAGACAUGAUGAUGCUUCAUAUUCAUUUUUGAUUAAUUAUUUGUGUAGGACAGGUAAUGUUGGGUAUGCAAUGCAAUUGGUUGAAAAAAUGGAAGGGGGUGGUUUUCCAACUAAUAAUGCUACUUAUAACACUUUGGUUAAAGGGUUUUCUGUGCAUGGGAAAUUCAAUCAGUGUAUGCAGCUUUCAGAUAGGUUGAUAAAGAAGGGUCUUGUUCCGAAUGAAGUUACAUUUUCUAUCUUGCUCGAAGUUGCUUACAAGGAAAGGGGAGUAGAUGAAGCAAUGAAUCUGCUAGAUGAUAUAAUUGCGAAGGGUGGUAAGCCUAAUUUGUUUAGCUACAAUGUGUUGUUGACGGGGUUGUGUAAGGAAGGUAGAACCGAAGAAGCUAUUAAGUUUUUCCGAGAGUUGCCGGAAAAAGGGUUUAAGCCUAGUGUUGUCAGUCAUAACAUUUUAUUAAGGAGUUUGUGCUAUGAAGGGCGAUGGGAGGAAGCGUACGAGCUUUUAGCACAGAUGGAUAGAGAGGGUCAGACUCCUUCGGUAGUUACAGUCAACAUAUUGAUCUCCUCUCUUUCUUACGAUGGAAGAAUUGAACAAGCUUUCAACAUUUUAGAUGAAAUGACCAGAAGUGGAUUCAAGGUGACUGCUAAUUGCUAUAAUCCGAUUAUUGCCCGUCUCUGCAAGGAAGGGAAGGUGGAUCUUGUAGUUCAGUGUCUAGACCAAAUGAUUAGUCAGCGGUUUUUCCUUAAUGUAGGAACGUACAAUGCUAUUUCCUUGCUUUGUGAGCAAGGGAAGGUAAAGGAGGCUUUCUUAAUAUUUGAAACAUUGGGUAAAAAACGAAACUGCCCUAUUAAUGAUUUCUACAAAGACGUGAUUGGACUCUUGUGUUGGAAAGGGAAUACUUAUCCAGCUUUUCAGUUAUUAUAUGAAUUGACAAUGCAUGGAUUUACACCAGAUUCCCUUACUUACUCAUCUUUGAUAAGAGGAUUGUGUAGAAGAGGAAUGCUUGAUGAGGCUCUCGAGAUAUUCAGGAUUUUGGAAGAACAUCAUUAUGUUCCUGAUGUUGAUAACUACAAUACACUUAUACUUGGAUUUUGCAAAUCUCAACAAAUAGACUUGUCGAUAGAGAUAUUUCAGAUGAUGGUCAACAAAGGAUGCAUGCCUAAUGAGAUAACCUAUACCAUUCUUGUUGAAGGGCUUUGUUUUGAAGAAGAAGUGGAUUUAGCAGCUAACCUGAUGAAAGAGUUGUAUUCGAAAGGGGUUCUGAGUCAAAGUACUGUCGAAAGACUUUCUAUACAAUUCGACCUCAAGGAGUUAACAGGGUAGAGAGAUAUAUACAAUCAAAGUAUAUAUAACAAAAGAAUGUAAGUAGGGAUUUUGCCUCAUUCAGUUAUGGAAGUAGAUUUCUUAUUUAUUAUUGAUUUAUUAGUGAAACUAAGUUCCUGAAUUGUUGAAAUUUUCGUUGAAGUUAUAAUUUAUAGAUGAAUAAUGAAAGUUUCAAUGCAGAGAAUUUGAUGCUGA